AGCAAGAGUUCAAGCCACAGACAAGCGCGCGCGCCCUCGUCAUUUCUACGCUGCUUUUGCACAGUCAUGUCUAAGAUUCCUGUGACUCUGCACAUCUAUCAUGUGUCAACUGACUCCCGAGUUGGAAAAAUCAAUGAGUACCUGGAGGCAAUGGGCACUGGUGCCUAUCAUGCUGGAGUUGAAGUGAAUGCAAAGGAGUGGAGCUAUGGCUACACACCCGACAACACCGGGGUCUUUCCUUGCCCUCCGAAGGGAUGCAAGGCUCAUGUCUACAAGGAAUCUAUUGACAUGGGUGAGACUGAGAAAUCCAAGACGGAAAUUGACAACAUCAUUGAAGAGAUGAAGGAAAACUGGCUUGGUAUUGACUACGAUUUGCUUCACAAGAAUUGCUGCCUGUUCAGUGCCGAGUUAGUCAAAAAACUUGGAGUGGGCCCAGUCCCAAGCUGGGUCACCAACCUGGCGGCAGCAGGUGCAACCCUGCACCAUGGCAUUCUUCAAGGCAAGGAGUAUGCUGACAAGGCAGCAAUCAUGGCGAAGGCGAAGGCCGGUGAAUUUGACGCAAAGUACGACAUCUCUGGCAAGACCAAGGCAGCUGCCAAGGAAGUCCUGGAAGCAGCUGGACGAUUUGACGAACAAUAUCGUGUGAGGGAGCGAGCAGUGCUUGCAGCGGCCGCGGCACAGGCGAAGGCUGGUGAACUCGGAAAGGCUGCACAAGAGCAUGCUGCUGCGCUGCACAAGGAGAUGGACAAGGACGGAGAUGGCCAGGUGAGCGUUGACGAAUUGAGAGCAUACCUCAAGAAUAAGGCAGCGGCAGCACAUGCAGCAAUCGAUAAAGACGGAGAUGGAAAGAUCACCUUUGAUGAAGCGAAGAGCUAUGCAGCAGACAGGGCAGGACAAUGCGGCUGUGCAGCUGACUGCACAGUGCAGUAGACACUGUGACCCUGGGAGAUCUUCGCUUGCCACAAUCGUGAAGACGAUGAAGGCAAAUUCAAGGUGUUGAUUGCCCUGGCUCGGCUUAGUACUUGGUCGAGUUGGCGCAAGGAAGCCAUGCUGUGAUAGCACCAUCGAUACUACUUUUUUGCAUGACACUGGCACUGACAUAAACUGCACUCAAUUGAACCAUUGACGAAAA